UACAGUAGGCAUACACAACAGAAAAUACUUUGAACUUAAUAUUCACUGCUUUUCGUACUUGUGAGAAGAUAUUUAUGAAACAUAUUUGUAAACCAGCUUGGGCCAGUUCAAUGAUGAAAAUAUGUGAUAAUAUUUUCAUAUUUUGUGAGAAUUCAAAAGACAUUGGCCUUAUGUGAGUGAGGAAAAUAAGAAAUCUGAUCUCAUUAUUAUUAAGGCCUGCUGGUUUACUCGUUAAAAACGUAUCUAUUGGAAAUUCUGCUAUAUUAAUGUGUUGGCACUGACUUUUAUUGUUGCUAUUAUUUUGUCCCUAUAUCACUUCCGGGAGAUAACGGCGGCGGUACUCAGGAAAAUGGUCCGUGGAGAAACAAACAGCCGUAGCGAAAGCAGCUAACGUCAAUGGGGUCUGAAAACUUUUAUUCGCCAAUGUAGCCACUAUUGUUUUGCUUCAAAGUGGAAGAAAAUGGCUUCUGGCGAUGAUCAAUCGGGAACUGCUGAUCCACCGAACAGGAGACUCACAAGACAGUCGGCAAAAGAUUUCCCCCCUCUCCUGACACCACGAGAUCCGUUGAAGAGAACACGGAAAGAUGCCGAUCAUCCAACUACUAUCAAUGGGUCCGAUGCAAAAGAAAGACGUCCUAGCACCGAUUCCGACGAGCCACCCAAGAAAAGGCGUAGCAUGCAGUCAGGGGAAGAAGAGGGAGAAGCUACAUCGGGGAGCGAGGUUGACAUGGAGUCGGAUGCUGAUGGCGGAGAUGGUUCGGAGUCUGAUGAAGACGGAGAGAUGAGCUCAGGAGGACAGAAGAAAGUUUCACCACGCAAACUCAUCAAAAGUCUUGCGCAGACUCAUGGUUCAGGAUCAUCAGUCCGUCUGGAGCCCCUGAAGGGUAUGCCUCUACACGCCUCCAGCGUGCUAGUGUCGGACCUCGUGGAGCCUGAACUGAGGCAUCGCACAGCUAUUCGCCAAGGUCCAGCAAGUGCAGGAAUGGAUGGCGAGGCACUGAAACACAGUACAGAGUCUUCAAAGAGAGGUUCUGGUACCUCACUGCACGUCCCCAUCGGUGUCCAGAACUACGCCAGCACUGAGACCUACAGCAGGAGUCGGCAUGGCGUCCCAGCGACCAGACCUACGGAGGCUCAGAGGCAGAAGCGUGUCAAGGGGCAGGGAGGCGUCUCCACAGCCAAGCCGCCGGAUCACCAAACGAUACAAAGCACCAUGCAACAGUACCAACAGAGGAUGAGGGAGGGCCUCCCACCCCGGGACAGCCGGCAGUCCCACGGUACACACCCUGUUGUCCAAGACUUGUCCAAAAGCCGACGGACGGGAGGUAUUCCAGUCCAGAACCAAAACAAUGUCUCCGUUAAAAAAGAUCCUCCCAGAAAAACAGGCAAAAGAGAAGCACAGAAUGCCAAGACCAACAUUCCAUCUUCAGGUGGAGGUGCAGCGAGUGGUUUGUACACCCUCAUCCUGUGGCUCUUCCUGCUCUGUUCCCUGCUGGCCGUGGGCGUGCUGGCCUACCAGAGGAUGCCCUGGUCCUCCCUCUACCAGCGCCUCCGCCACCGCUCAACCCCCUCAUCGCCCGUACAGGAAGCCACCGUCAGUACCUUCUCCGGCCACAUGAGGGCGCUGCAGCAGCACUUCCCCAGCCAGAGGGAGGAGCUGUGGCGGCGCACCCAAAUACACCUGCAGCGCCACCUGGGGGCAGCCCAGCCCAGCGAGCCGGUCAGCUUCAUCUUGGCUGGGGGCCGGGGGGCCGAGGCGACGCUGGGGUGCCUAGCCAGACGCCUGGCCUCCGCCUUCUCCACCGCCCUGAACGGGUCCGCGCUGGAGCUGGACGGCAGCCGCAUGGCCGGCAUGGACAGCGAUCAGGUGAAACUCGAGCUGGACACCAAGCUGAAGGAAGCGUUUGAGGGGGACAAGCCAGCUGCUGUCAUCCACCGUCUGGAGGAGCUGCCUCCGAGCUCCAGCCUGAUCUUCUACCGCUACUGCGACCACGAGAACGCGGCCUACAAGCAUCCUCUCCUGGCCUUCACAGUCCUCCUGCCCCUGGACACGGUGGGGCCGGACGUCAGCUUGCCACAGGUCGAGGAGCUGGUUCACGGCCAUAUUCACCAGAAGUUUCUGAUCCCCGAUCAGCGCGACACGUUUGACAAGAUGGAUGUGGACAAGCUGAGCGGGCUGUGGAGCCGCAUAUCGCAUCUCAUCCUGCCUGUUGAGGCGGAGGAACAUGUGGAGAAAGGGGGCUGCGAGAGAGACUGAGAUGGGAGAGCCAGGGUGUAAUAGUGAGCGAAGAGUAAUAGAGGCAUUGUCCAAAUGUGGUCCAAAGACUAGGAGACGCGUCGAUGGCAUCCUGUUAGAGCAUCAGAAUUUACGGUGUGUGUGUGUGUGUGUGUGUGUGUGUGUGUGUGUGUUAAUAUUCACAUGUCUUAACAUGCACGCAUGUGUGUACCUGCACAUGCGCUUGUGUGUGUGUGAGCGAGAGAGUGAGUGAGAGUUGGGCGUAUGUGCACAUGGUUUUGAGUGUGCGAUGGUGAGUUUUAGGAUGGUUUUAUUUGGAUGACUUGAAUCUGAUUACCGGACAUACAGUAGGUUGUUUCGAGGUCCCAGUGCUCAAGGAUGCACUGUGCUUUGGCCAACCCAAAUCAGGUUUGUACAAUGCUGUACGUUAAGAACAUGGACUGAAGCAAAUGGCCGUGGGGUGGACACUCCCCACCCCCCCACCCCGACAACAGACCUCCAUAUGGCCGGAGAGGGGGGUCGGGGUGUUCAACUCUCCGCUCUCCUACGGUGGCCCGAGGUGCCCAAUGGAGGCAAUUUGGAAGGAAAUAAUUUCCGAAAAGACAGUGAAAACAGACCUUGUGUUUGUUUCUUUGUUCGUUUUUUUUUUUUUAUUAUUGGACUCAAAUGUUUCUAUUAUAUAAAAAAUGCUCGUGAAACGUGUUGAAAAACAAUAUAUUUUCUAGUGUGUACAUAGUUUGUGUAUAUAUUUCUCGUACAUCAUUUGAUUAUUUGAUUAAUUAGUGAAUUGGUUGAUUGUUUACAGUAGUAGCCAUGUUGUUAAAGGAAAACUUCAGCCAAUUUCAACAUGCAGUAGUAAUGCUCACACUACCCUGGACUUGUCAGUACAUGAGAUGUUUUUAAUUUUAUUUUUCUUCAGCCUUUUCCGAGAUCCUGGUCAU